UUAGGUGCAAUAAUGAAGAGUUUUUUCCUAGUUGUGACUAUCCUGGCAUUAACCCUGCCUUUUUUGAGUGCAGAAGGGCAAAACCAGGAACAAUCAACACGCUGUGGGAACGAUGAAAGAUUGCUCAAUGAAAAAACAGUAAAAUAUAUCCCUAUUCAUUAUGUGCUGAGUAGGUAUCCUAGUUAUGGACUCAAUUACUACCAGCACAGACCAGCUGCACUAAUUAAUAACCAAUUUAUGCUUUACCCAUAUUAUGCAAAGCCAGUUGUAGUUAGGCCACAUGCCCAAAUUCCUCAAUGGCAAUUCCUGCCAAAUAUCCACCCACCUACUCUGGCACAUCACCCACACCCACGUCCAUCAUUUAUUGCCAUCCCACCAAAGAAAACUCAGGAUAAAACAGUCAUCCCUAUCAUCAAUACCAUUGCUACUGUUGAGCCUACACUUAUACCUACCACUGAACAAAUAGUGAACACUGUAGUUACUCCAGAAGCUUCCUCAGAAUUCAUCACGAGUACACCUGAGACCACCACAGUCCAAGUUCCUUCACCUGCGGUCUAAAAACUGUAAGGAAACAUCAAAGAAGACA